GAUGGUACAUGUCGGCUAUAUGCAUGUAUUUUAAAAACUCCGUGUGUCUAAGUAAGCUUACGCGUAUUUCGACCAAUCUUUGAGGUAGUACAAAAGACCGCGUUUCCAAUAAACAAAUGAGUUGAAUUUUUCUUGGCCAAAGUUAAAUACUCACUAGUGGUUUAGUAUAACAUUGAGUUCUUCUUCUCCUAUAUAUAUAACUGGUUAGCAAAUGAAAUAUUGAGACAAGGAAAUUGUGCACUAAGAGUGGAGAAAUGGAGGCGUGGAGGAGUUUGUGUUUGGGAAUGGUGAUCAUCAUGGUCACCGGGAGAGGCGAAGCACAAUUGAAGAAGAAUUUCUACCGGUCAAGUUGUCCAAACGUGGAAAGCAUUGUGCAGCAGGCUGUCUUAGCAAAGUUAAACCAGACUUCCGUUACAAUUCCAGCCACUCUUCGCCUAAUUCUCCAUGACUGCUUUGUUUUGGGAUGUGAUGCCUCAAUUAUGAUAUCAUCACCAAAUGGAGAUGCAGAAAAAGAUGCCCCAGAUAAUCUCUCCCUCGCCGGAGAUGGCUUUGACACUGUAAUCAAGUCAAAAGCUGCGGUAGAAGCAGUGUGCCCCGGCGUAGUAUCAUGUGCUGACAUCUUGGUUAUUGCUGCCCGAGACGUCGUAGUCCUGGCAGGAGGACCGUCAUUCAAAGUUGAAUUGGGACGCCGUGACGGAGUCAUAUCUCAGGCGUCUCUUGUUUCCGGAAAUCUGCCAGAGCCCUUCUUCAAUCUCAGCCAACUCACUGCAAUCUUCGCCAAGAACAACCUCAGUCAGUCUGAAAUGAUAGCACUAUCGGGUGCUCAUACUGUGGGCGUUUCCCACUGCAGCCGCUUUGCGAAUCGGCUCCACAACUUCUCCUUGUCCUCUCCAGUAGACCCAUCUCUGAAUCCAAACUAUGCCCAGCAGCUGAUGCAAGAGUGCCCUCAAAAUGUGGACCCCGAAAUCGUGGUUGACUUGGAUCCUGUGACCCCACAAAUUUUCGACAAUGUCUAUUACCAGAAUCUGGUUCGAGGGAAGGGGCUCUUAACUUCAGAUGAAGUGCUCUUCACGAACUCAGCGUCUAAGCGACUUGUCAAGAAUUUUGCUCGUAAUCCAAGAAAUUUUAAUCUAGCCUUUGUCAGGGCAUUGAGGCAGCUUGGCCGUGCGGGAGUGAAAACAGGUAGUCAAGGAGAAAUAAGAAAAGACUGCACAGCCUUCAAUUCAUAAAGGAAAGCUUCUUGCAAAACCUCAGAACACUGAGGGAGACAUAUGAAAUAAGAAUCAUCGCACUCAUCGAUUGUAAUAGAGAAAAUUGAUCAUUCAAUGUUGUUCAAGCCACAAUUUCAUUGUACAGAAUUCAGAAUUAAUUUUAUAUCUCCAAGAAAACAAA